AUGGACCGCAACAGCGUCAUUUCCGCCCGACAGGUCCAAGGCCUCAUUGCCGACGGCCACACGAUUGUCAUUUACAACGGCCAUGUCCUGCAGCUAGAUUCAUGGCUUCACAAGCACCCCGGGGGACUGCUGCCCAUCGCGCACAUGGUUGGAAGAGACGCAACGAACGAGAUCAACGCGUACCAUCUUCCGAAGACCCAGCGGCUUAUGAAAGCAUACCGCAUCGCCAAAGUCAAACUACCCUGGACCAACCUCACGCCUCCCAUCCGCAGCAACGACUGCUGUGUCCGUGGCGAAUGGCAAGAAGAGAAAACCGUUGCACCGACCGACGAUGACGACUCAGACUGGAGUUCCUCGACUCUACCCACCUCAACCGAACUCGUAUCCGAAAAAGUGCCCGAGGUGCUCACGACCGCGUUCGAUAAUGACACCGACAAAGGAACUUGCGUUCCAAUUGUCGGUAGCGAACGGAUCUCCGGCAUCAAGGAUGAAGAGCAAGGCUCAAUUUGCGAAGUAGCAUGCACACUCCGAAAGCGACCGUCUCGAACCGAAUACAUCGCGUCCUUGGAACAAGAUGAAAUCGAUAGCGAUAUGCUCGACUAUCCUUCUCUCGACUUCGAGACGCAGGAAGCCAUUUCAAAAGAAUACGGCGCUCUGCACGAACGAAUUAAGAAGGAAGGGUUCUAUCAGUGUCGCUAUUCGGAGUACGGCAAAGAUGCAAUUCGCUGGGGCAUUCUGUUCUCAGGCUUCCUAGGCUUCCUUUACGCCGAAUGGUAUAUAACAUCGGCCGUAUUCCUGGGCAUGUUUUGGCAACAGAUCAUGUUCGUCGCUCAUGACGCCGGGCAUCGGGGUAUCACGGGGAACUUCGUUGCCGACACCCUCAUCGGCGCCUUUGUCGCCGAUUUCUGUUGCGGACUUUCCAUCGGGUGGUGGAAAAGUUCCCAUAACGUCCAUCAUCUUAUCACCAACAUGCCGGAACACGAUCCCGAUCUGCAAAACGUCCCGAUAUUCUCCACCUCACCCUCAUAUUUCCGGUCCCUGCUCAGCAGCUUCUACAACUUCACGUUCGUCUGGGAUGCCGCCGCCGAUGUCAUGGUCCGCUAUCAGAAAUGGACCUACUACCCUGUCAUGGCGCUCGCGCGCUUCAACCUCUAUUUCCUCUCCUGGUGCCACCUCAUGUCCCCCCGCUCUAAAAACCUCGGCUCCGCCGCGUGGACCCGCCCCGUCGAAAUCGCCAUGAUGGCCUGCUACUGGGCCCUCUUCGGCUACGGCCUUGUCUGGCGUACUCUCCCGGACUGGCCCACCCGCGUCGCCUUCGUCCUCACUUCCCACAUCGCCACCAUGCUGCUGCACGUCCAGAUCACCCUGUCCCACUGGGGCAUGCCGACCGCCGACCUCGGUCCGUCGGAGUCGUUCCCGCAGCGCCAGCUACGGACGACGAUGGACAUCGACUGCCCGCCGUGGUUGGACUUCCUGCACGGCGGCCUGCAGUUCCAGGCGAUCCAUCACUUAUUCCCGCGCGUCCCGCGACAUAAUCUGCGCGGUGUACAGGGGCUGGUGCGGGUGUUUUGCGAGAAGACGCAGAUCAAGUAUCGGUGCUAUGGGUUUGUCGAGGGCAACCAUGUCAUGUUGAGUCGGUUGGAAGAGGUGACGAAAAUGGCGGAGACGCUGUUGAAGUGCCAGCUGCAUAUGGCGAAGACGGGGGACAGCGGUUUGCAUUGA